CAGAGGCGUGAGAGCGCAGCAGCAGCCAGAGCCCACACAGACGGAAGGUUGAACAUCGGAUUCUCUUCAUACAAACAGUCAGGAUAUGUCUGUAAGGAUGGAAAUGGAUAUCAGUGGAGUGUCAAGGACACACGUCUCCAUUCUUCCUGCAGCUGAAAUCAAAGCCACAUUGAAACCAGAAGCAGAGAGACCUCGCUGUGCCAGCACCCCAUGUUCACCCAUCAGAGGUACUGUUGCAGGAUACCAGAUCCUCCACAUGGACUCAAACUAUCUGGUAGGCUUCACCACUGGUGAGGAGCUGCUCAAGCUGGCCCACAAGUGGUCAGAGGGCACUCCAGAGAAGGGCUCUGUAUCAGAGGCCAUGUCCAGCUCCAUCCAGAGCACUGUCCCAAAGUCUGUGGACUUGGGUAUCCACCGCUCUUCACGAAUCUGCAAAGGCAAAAGUCGCUACUACCAACCCUACGACAUUCCUGCUGCCAAUGGGCGAAGACGGAGGCGUAUGCCCAGCUCUAGCGACACGUUCCUUAGGUCCCUGGCCAACGGGGAGCCUGGUAGGGGUCUACAUGCGCCACUCCCUCUCUGUCUGCUUAAAGGGAAGAGGGCUCAGUCCAAGUCUCUGGACUACCUUAAUCUGGACAAAAUAAGCAUUAAAGAGUCAUCAGACACUGAAGUGUUACAGUACCAACUGCAGCACCUCACCCUGCGAGGGGAGCGCAUGUUUACCAGGAACAAGACAUGAAAGCACAGUGGAAGGCUGUUUUUUUUUUUUUUUUAGGCGUCUUUCACCCUUUUGGGGAUUUAGGUGCUAUUUCCAGCUUGGGUUCUUUCUACUCAGAUUACAAGUUGUUCUCUCAGAGGGCAGUCUGAUAAUCUUGUUAUAUUAUUAACUGGGGGGUUUACCUUGUACUGUACACAUAAUGUUGUGAAGAAAAUCCUCCAAUCACUCCUCACAUUGUAAUGAGGUUGUUGAGAUUUAAAAUGUGAAUUAUAUAAAUUUAGCAAUAACUAGUGAA